GAUGCACGCCACAGAACCGGCCGGAAGUAGAUUUUUCAGCAUUAUGAUAGCCUAAUAUCAAUUCUUGCGUAUGCAAGGCAUUGGUGGAUUUUAUCAAGACUGCCAGUCAAAAACAAAAGGUUUACUUCUACAUUAUGAAGUCCUAUUGAUUAAUAAUGGAUCCACCGCCAUGGCUCUACCUUCUACUGGUCUUCUCUCUUCUCUACGCUCCGGUAUACCCAGGAUGCCAGGAUAUUGCUGUAACUCUCAACAACAGAGUCCGCUUCCCAGACUAUGUCUUCACCGCAACUUCAAAAUUUGACGAUCGUUACGCCGCAAAGAAUGCACGGUUCAACAGUCCCAAAGCCUGGGGAGUGCUUAGUAAUUCAGACGCCAACGACUACCUUCAGAUUGACCUAGGAAGGUUGUACGAAAUAUGUGCAGUAGGAACAAGAGCUGCUGUAUCGGUAUCAGAAUGGGUUACACGGUAUAAGUUGCACUUUUCACAGGAUAACGCUAAUUGGGAUAUUUACAAAGACCAAAGCAAUACAACUAAGGUAUUUACUGGAAAUAGCGACUCAUCGUCAGUGGUCAAAAACAAUGUAUUAGUCAAAGCGAGAUUUGUGAGACUGCAACCAACAGCGUACAGUGGGCACAAGAGUGUUCGUGUGGAAAUAUAUGGGACACCAGAAGAUUGUUCGCAAGCCUUUGAAAUUGGAAACCGCGGGGUCGAGGAUUCUCAAAUGACGUCAUCAUCUCGCCUUGAUAGCGACCAUUCUGCGUCAUAUGGUCGUCUCUUCGGUGAACACUCCUGGUGCAGCUCAACGCAAGCCAACGGUCAAUAUCUAGAAGUCGAUCUUGGGAGGGUGAGAACACUGACUGGUAUAGCGACUCAGGGUGAUAAGACUGUUGACAAGUGGGUCGAGUCCUAUACGAUUCGUUACAGUCAGGAGGGCAAUACAUGGAGUAGUUACACCGAUAAACAGUCAUCGAUAAUAGUUUUAUCAGGAAACUCAAACAGAGAUGAAGUUCGCGCCAACCUUCUAGAGAACAGAAUAUCAGCCCGCUUCUUCCGCGUAGUCGCACAGACAUGGCAUGCAGGGAUUUGUAUGAGGAUUGAACUUUAUGGGUGUCCAGACGAACGAUUCUGUGACAACACCCCACUGGGACUUGAAAGUGGGACAAUCCAAGAUUCCCAAAUGAACGCAUCGUCUCAGUACAACACCAGUUACUCAGCGUCCAAGGGAAGGUUACAUUACACAGGAGGCCCAUCGUGGUGUGCAUCUACAAGUGAUCCUAAUCCAUAUCUACAGAUUGACUUGGGGUCGCCUCACGUGAUCUGUGCUGUAGCCACACAGGGAAAUUUUUACGAGAAACARUGGACUAAAUUUUACACUUUGCAAGGGUCAUCAGACGGAACAACGUUUAAUGACUACUUAGAAGGAAAUACCAAAAGGACUUUCGGUGGGAAUUUUGACCAGAACACAGUCGUUCAACUCUCUCUUAACGAGGGUUUUAUAGCUCGAUACGUGCGUUUGCUUCCCGUGUCCAUCAGUCAAGGUGCUUAUUGUAUCAGAGCUGAAAUAUAUGGAAUGAUCCCAUCAGUUUGUCAGCGCUCUGCAGUUGGUAUUCGCGCAUCAAGUAACGUCCCAGAUUACAGAAUGACAGCGUCAACUUACUACAGCUCCACCUAUGCUAUCUACUAUGGAAGGUUGUACAGUUCAUCAUCUUGGGCGACAAGAAGAAACGAUGCAAAUGAUUACCUGCAAAUCGACCUUGGAGCGAUGCACUUGUUGUGUGCUUUAGCAACACAGGGCGCUGCUAGUCUCAAUGAAUGGACAAAAACAUACAAUGUUUCGCUGUCUGUGGAUGGCGUGACGUGGAAGAUUUACGAAGAGAACAAUGCACAAAAGGUGUUCACUGGCAACACUGACAAGAAUACAGUAGUCAAUCAGACGAUGGCGAACCCAACAGCUGCAAAGUACAUCAGAUUCUAUCCCAAAACGUACGACAGCCACAAACAGUUGAGAGUAGAGGUAUAUGGAUUAAGAAAAGAAUGCAGAUCUCCUCUAGGAAUGGAAAGCUUCAUGGAUAUCGACCCAGUAGCACAGCUGUCUGCUUCGUCUCAGUCAGACGCAGCUCAUUCUGCUGCUAACGGUCGCCUAUAUGGCACUUCAGCCUGGUGCACGACCAAUACUGUCAAUCAAUACAUACAAGUGGAUCUGUUGGUAGCCAUGAGUGUUACUGGGGUAGUAACUCAAGGGGAUGCUGACGCUUCCAGUACAAAAUGGGUCCGGACUUAUGAUAUUCAGUUUGGCUACGCCACGAGUAAAUGGUUUCUGGUUAAGGGUAUCCAAGGCAACACAGAUUCAAAAAGCACCGCAACUCACUGGUUCAGUAAACCAAUGGGUGCGCGAUAUGUUCGUAUUCUACCACGUACAUGGAGCACUUCUAUAUGCUUAAGGAUGGAUGUUUAUGGCUGCAAGCAAGUUGCGCCGCCAAAUAUCGAGACAUUACAGUCAGUCACCAACCUCACAGCUUCCGUAGGCUCUACUGGUCAAAUAUCUUGCUCAGUCUAUGCUCUUCCAAACAUCCGGGUUACCUGGAAGCAAGGUCAAACAAACGUGACGUCAUCAUCACAAAUAUCCUACUUGAACGGCUUUGCUAAUUCGGUUCUCAGUGUAAACUUCACUAGGGCAGAUGACUAUGGAGAUUGCUUAAGAAGUGACCCGACGUCACGUUCGGUAGUUUGCAGUAUUAAAGUCACUUGUGAAGUGUUUUAUGACAAUGUGAUAAAUGGGCCGGCUGAUACCAUGCAUGGAAAAGUGUUUGUAGAAUUGGACGUUCCUUCCGCGCCUACAAGUUUCAGCGUUGGAAGUAUCCUUGACAACUCAGCGUUACUAACAUGGAGUCCAACUGCACCAACUGUACGACAAGCCACUAUAGAGCUGUAUAAGGUUGAAUAUAACGUUGAAGGGGAACAGAGAGUGUUCCUGGACACAACAAGUGGAGAUAGUAAGAGCUACACUAUUGGAGGAUUGUUAUCUAAUACGUCGUAUGUGGUGAAACUAAGUGCUGUUAGUAAGGUUGGAGAUGGUACCUCGGUCACAGAGCGCUUCCGAACACGUCCUACAAUACUUUGCCAAAAUAGAGCAAUAGGCAUGGAACUAGGCUUGAUACCAGACCCCUACAUCACAGCAUCAUCCCUGAUGAACAACUCAACUCUCCCCAGCAACGCUCGACUCAAUAAACUCACUGGCUCGUGGUGUGCCUCUACAAGUGACUCUUAUCCAUAUCUACAGAUUGACUUGGGCUCGCCUAACAUGAUCUGUGCUGUGGCUACACAAGGAAACAGCAUGUCAGACCAGUGGGUGACAAGUUAUAAUCUGCUCUUAUCCGAUGAUGGGAUAAAUUGGAGGUACCUCCUACAGCAACAGAGACGGAAAGUUUUCCCAGGGAAUACUGAUCGAAACACAGUUAUGAAGCAUGUAUUGGGAUCAAGAGCUUCAGGGAGGUUCAUUCGCUUCAUUCCUCGAGGAUACUACGGGCGUUCAUGUUUGCGAGUUGAACUGUAUGGAAGAGUGACCCAGAAAGAAUGUGCUGACAUAUCCGUGGGUCUAGCGAGUGUCAACACCAUAGUAGAUCACCGAUUCACGGCCUCCACAAAAUAUAACAACGACUACAAAGCCUACAAAGCCAGACUUGGAAGCAGCUCGGGUUGGGCGCCCAGCGGUAAUAGUGACGCUAAUGACUACCUACAGAUUGAUCUUGGAACUGUGUACAGGAUAUGUGCAGUAGCGACCCUUGGUAGCGCGAAGGCCGCCGCCAAUGAAUAUGUUACCAGAUAUAAAUUAYUUCUGUCUAUGGAUAAUGCCAUGUGGAUGGUUUAUAAAGUCAGUGGUAGCGAAAAGAUAUUUCCUGGUAAUGUCAAUAAGAAUAUCCUGGUCAAAAACCAACUGACUGAAGCAAUUUCUGCUAGAUUUAUACGCUUUAACCCUACAGGUUAUUCUGGCCACAAGACUAUGAGAGUGGAAAUGUAUGGUGUUCCUCAAGAUUGUAAAGAACCACUUGGAAUUGAAAACCGCGGCAUCGAAGAUGCUCAAAUGACGUCAUCGUCUGUCCUUGACAACAAUCAUGAUUCGUCUCGUGGUCGUCUCUAUGGCGACAGCUCUUGGUGUAGCAACAUGGCGUCGAGCAGUGAAUAUCUACAAGUAGAUCUUGGAAUUAUUAAGACAGUGACUGGUAUAGCGACUCAGGGUGAUAGCAGUGUGAAUAAAUGGAUCGUGACGUAUGCAGUGAGCUACAGCAUAAGUGGUAGUGACUGGACUGUAUACACCGCUGGGAAAACUAUCAGAAAAAUCCUCAAUGGUAACAAUGACAAGUCAACUGUAGCAGUCAACUGGCUUCCCUAUCCUUUCAACGCUCGUUAUGUACGCGUUAUACCGCUCACAUGGAACGCAGGGCCAUGUUUACGAUUCGACUUGUACGGCUGUUCAGUCAGCUGUGCUAACCAUGGCUUGGGGUUACAGCAGGGCGUAAUACCAGAUUCUCAGAUUAGCGCUUCUUCUCAACACAACACUUCCACCGCAGCAUGGAAUGCCAGACUACAUUACACAUCAGGCCCAUCGUGGUGUGCGUCUGCAAGUGACUCAAAUCCAUAUCUACAGAUUGACUUAGGAUCUCCUCACGUGAUCUGUGCUGUGGCUACACAGGGUGACCACUUUACAGAUAAUUUAGUCGAGUCGUAUCAAAUACAAGGAUCAUCUGAUGGAGUGACGUUCACAGACUAUAACCAAAACGGCGGUGUUAAGACGUUUGCAGGGAAUUUUGAUCGGAACUCAGUCAUCAARCAGAUCAUGAAAAACCUCUUUAUCGCCAGAUAUGUUCGUCUCAUACCCGUGUCUUAUAAUGGACUUCCAUGUAUGAGGAUUGAAGUGCAUGGGACUAGCACGUCAGGGUGUCUCUCUCAACCAGUUGGCUUGCGUGUUGGUAGUAGCAUACGAGAUCAUAGACUCGACGCUUCUUCAGUCUAUUCAGCUGGCUAUCCUAUCUCCUCGGCAAGAUUACACGCGCCAGAUGCUUGGGCGACUAAAACUACAGGUGACAGUGAUGACUAUGUUCAAGUUGACCUUGGGUCGAUGUAUGCAGUGUGUGCUGUCGCAACUCAAGGUUCUCCUAAAAUGAACGAAUGGACGAAGACAUACAAAGCUUCCACAUCGUUAGAUGGGACGACUUGGAAUUUUUACAGUGAGAGUGGAUCUACGCGAAUAUUUACAGGAAAUACAGACAAGAACACGGUCGUAAAGAAUAACUUCGCCAAUGCUGUAGCGGCCCGUUUUGUCAGGAUUUACCCCGUUGACUAUAAUAGCCAUAAAGAUCUGAGAUUUGAAGUUUAUGGUAUAAAACACCCGUGGUCUGUGCCCUUGGGUCUGGAAACAGGAUCCAUAUCCGACACUCAGCUGACUGCCUCAUCUUCAUACAAUUCUAGUCAAGCAGCUGCGCAUGCGCGGCUGUACGGAGUCUCGUCUUGGUGCAAGUCACUUUCUUCAACAGGCGAGACGUAUUUGCAGGUUGACUUACGGAUGGUCUUACAAAUAACUGGAAUAACAACACAAGGGAAUGCUGAGAAUGCGUGGGUGACGUCUUAUAACUUGGGGUACAGUUAUUCUACGGGUGAUUGGCAGUAUAUGUCUGGUAUCCAAGGCAACGUCAAUAAGAAUGGCCUCGUUAUUCAUAUGUUUAACCAACCAAUCAGUGCUCGCUAUCUUCGUUUGUUGCCAACAGCUUCGAACGUCGUAAGCUGUGUACGAAUGGAAGUUUAUGGAAAUAAACUUGUGGAAAAACCUGAAAUCUUGGCUUUUAACGGAAGUACAUUCAUCUCAGCCAGCAAAGGAUCCUGGGUAGAGUAUAACUGUAGUGUAAAGGCUCAAGAAUUCGUCACGAUACUAUGGAAACACGGAAACAGAAUCUUGUCAAGCAACUCUACAUACGCCGGCGGAAUUACACUUUCAAGGCUUAUACUUAACUAUACAAAUGGCGACGAGUUUGCUGCGACAUGCACUAAAACCAGCCUGAGUAGCCAGACCUUUAACUGUAACUCAACUAUCACGUGUMAAGCUUUUUAUGACUACCUUUUAACGGAGGGUUCUGCGAAGAGAGUCGGUACAGUGUACACAACAAUUAAGCUUCCUCUUGCACCGGUCAAUGUUACGUUCUUCAAGAUUCGACAUCACUCCGUUCAAGUUCACUGGACCCCGGGUCAAAUGACAGUUGACCGGGCAUCUAUUAAAUACUUUUACAUUCAAUAUUACCCCGUUAGUGAUGCGUCACGUACCUUGAACAUGACUUUAAGGGGUACUAAACUAAUGGCACACGUUGGAGGUUUAGAUGCGAACACAAGUUAUGUAGUACGAAUCCGCGCUGUCAGUAUUGCAGGCGAGGGAUUAUGGGCAACUGAGAAAUUCACUACCACAACACAAGUUUCUUGUUCGAGGAAGGCUCUAGGAAUGGCGGACAAGUCAAUACCAGAUGUCUAUAUUAGUUCCUCGUCAAAGAAAGACAAUUCAACCUUGGCUUCUUUUGGAAGAUUGAAUCAUUUGUCUUCUUGGUGUGCCUCUGUUAGCGAUUCUUCGCCAUAUCUGCAGGUCGACUUGGGGAUGCUUUACGUCAUCUGCGCUGCCGCAACGCAAGGGAAUCCAAUGAAUGACGAAUGGGUGACGUCAUAUGAGAUGCAAUAUACUCGUGAUGGAAUCAACUGGAGACCUGUCUUGGAGAAUAAUGAUAUUAAGAUAUUUUCAGGAAAUCAGGAUCGAUCAUCAGUUGUCAUUCAAGAAGUUCCAGAACAACUUGUGGCAAGGAGCGUUAGGUUUGUGCUUAAGACUUCGAACGGUUCCGUGUGCUUGAGGACUGAGCUGUUUGGAGAACCAUAUCAUCCAGGUUGUGCAGAGGUACCAAUUGGAGUCGAAAGUCCCAAUACCAUCCCUGGCCAUCGAUUUACAGCCAGUUCUUAUUUCACCAACGACCACCAACCAAAUAAAGCCAGAAUGGGCGGAGACUCAGCCUGGAGGCCAAGAACAGAUACCAACCCAGACGACUACCUUCAGAUUGACCUCGGUACUAUAUACACCAUAUGUGUUAUCGAGACAGACGGACAGUCACCCACUGAUAGAGUACUAUCAUAUGUGGUUUAUUACUCACUGGAUAAUCAGGAUUGGGAUGUUCUGCUCGAUUCACGUGGAAUGAUAAUGGUUUUCAGUGAUAGUAAGACCAAACUUGAAAACAGGAUUUCUGGCAGAUUUGUACGGAUCUUCCCCAGAGAGUAUUCAGGCCACAAGUCGCUACGUGUGCAACUGUACGGCGUAGCUGAAGUUUGCAAAGAAUCGCUCGGAGUAGAGAACAGAGGUAUCGAAAACAACAAAAUGACGUCAUUGUCUCACCAUGACAACGCGCACAGUGCAUCACGUGGUCGCCUCUAUGGUAACUCCUCAUGGUGUAGCAGUACGUCUUCCCUACAUGAGUACAUACAAAUUGACCUUGGAAAAGUAAAGACAGUAAGAGGGAUAGCUACCCAAGGAGAUCACGUGACAGACAAGUGGGUCAAGACGUAUACUGUUGGUUAUAGCAUGGAUGGAAGGGGUUACAUGGGAUAUACUGGUGAAACAAACACUACAAAGGUAUUACCUGGCAACACUGACAGCAAUGGCGUCGUAGUUAACUGGUUACGCUAUCCCAUCAAUGCACGAUACAUUAGAAUAUCACCUCAAGAUUGGAAUGGAGCUAUUUGUCUGAGGAUUGAUCUUUACGGCUGUCAAGCAACCUGUUCCAACACCCCACUGGGACUUGAAAGUGAGACAAUCCAAGACUCCCAAAUGAGCGCAUCGUCUCAGUACAACACCAGUUACUCAGCGUCCAAGGGAAGGUUACAUUACACAGGAGGCCCAUCGUGGUGUGCAUCUACAAGUGAUCCUAAUCCAUAUCUACAGAUUGACUUGGGGUCGCCUCACGUGAUCUGUGCUGUAGCCACACAGGGUGACCAUCAAGCGGAUCAUUGGGUCGAGGAGUACAAAGUAAAGGGAUCUCUUGAUGGAAUAACGUGGGGAAUUGAAAUGGACUUCAUAGCGAAUUCAGACAGAAACACCCAAGUAAAGCACGAUAUCACGGUUGCCAUGACAGCGAGAUUUGUAAGAUUUCUACCUACGCGUAACUAUGGUAACGCCUGUAUGAGGGUGGAGCUGUAUGGAACGACUACAGGAGGUUGUUCAAAUGAGCCAAUUGGAGUGCGCUGGGGAGGUAAAAUAAAGGACCAUAGAAUGACGUCCUCAUCCAAUAAAGGCCCCGAGUCAUUACCAUAUAUGGCAAGACUGCAUGGUCCACGUGGGUGGUCACCCAGAAUAACGGCUAAUGCGUCGGAUUUUCUACAAAUCGAUCUUGGGUCUGUGUAUCUGUUGUGUGGUGUGGCUACUCAGGGGGGUGGAGAGCGUCGUCAGUGGACUGCAUCAUAUACUAUAGCUACGUCAAUGGAUGGCUCGAAAUGGGUAUCAAUCAAGGACAAUAACACRGAUAAGGUAUUUCCUGGUAAUACAGACAGUAGUACUGUGGUCAAGAACACAUUGAGGCAAGUGACUGUUGCUAAGUUUGUACGUUUCUACCCGAGAACAUACCAUGUGUACAAGCAGCUACGAGUAGAGGUGUAUGGAAUACAACACGGUUGUCGCCAGGGUCUUGGGAUGGAGAAUGGUCGUAUCCAAGAUUCGCAGCUCUCCGCAUGGUCUUCUUCAAAUAAAAACCUCUCCAAUGCGACCACCGCUCGACUUUACAGUCAUUCCGCAUGGAAUGCUGGUAUCCCAGUGGAGUAUUAUUUACAAGCAGACUUGGUUGAUGCUAGAAUGAUCACAGGGAUUGCUACACAAGGCAGUUCAGUUCAUGACGGGUGGGUCGAUUCUUACCAUGUGAAAUUUGGUUUCUCGACCACUUUCUGGUACCAGAUGAAGAAUUUCAAAGGGAAUGAAGACGGCCAUGGUGUGAGAGUGAGCUGGCUGACGCGACCCCUCGGUGCUGUAUUCAUCCGUAUAUUUCCUGAUCACUGGAAAUCCGCUCCUUACCUUAGAGUCGAUCUUUAUGGAUGUCAAAGAGUUGCUUCACCACGAAUCGUCACAGUCUCACAAGACGCUAACCUUACUGCGAUCAAUGGGUCAGCAGUGACACUCACUUGCUCUGCUUACGGAGAACCUUUUACAAGCAUUCGAUGGUUCAACGCGACCAGUGACGUCACAUUGCCCACAAACAAGCCAUCCUACAAUGGGGGGCGCGUUGAUGGGAAUGUUACAGUUCCCUAUACCUAUGCCGAGGUGGUAUAUAGCACAUAUGAAUGUCAGAGAGUAAAUCAAAGUAGGACGAUACGUUGUGUGACGUCGUACACUUGUUCGGCAUACUACACUCACUACACUAAUGAAGGAUUUGAUGAACGAUCAAUCAGAUUAUUCGUAAACUUAACUCUUCCCGGUGCUCCUCCAAACCCAUGGACCUCAAAAAUGAACUCUACCUCGGUAACUAUCACCUGGCAUCACCCCAACCCGGGUGACGGGUCGAUAUUGAGUUACAAGAUAAAAUACGGCAAAUAUGGCUCUAAUGUAACAAGGGUGGUCAACAGCACCAGUACUGGAAAUAAGACUCACUCCACAAGAAUUACGGGUCUUGACCCUUAUACCCGAUACUUUGUGACGGUCAUCCCUGUGGGGUCGAUAGGAGAGGGAAUGGAGAGCCCGCCAACAGUCUUUGUGACGUACUUAAGAUCAAGUAUACACGUACCAUCCACUCAGUACAUCCUCCAGGCUGGACAGAUCAAUGCAACUCUACAGUGCUAUGGACAAGGCUAUCCUCUACCUAACAUAACCUGGACUAAAGAUGGGCUCCCUGUGCCAACCAACCAAUAUAUUAAUAACAAGUUAAACGAGACCAACAUCAGUGGUCAGCUGAUCUUGGGGAAUGAGUCUGGCGUGACCUAUCAGGAGGCUGGUAACUACACAUGUCACGUGGUUAAUCAUGUGGACGGGCUUGGUCCAAUCAGCAGCGCUAUGGAGGUCAUAUUCGCACCUGAAGUAAAGGUUAUUCCUAGCCAGAUAUUCUCUGUAAAAGAAACUACAGUCACUUUCCAGUGUAUCGUGUCUGGUGUUCCCUUGCCCGCCAUCUCGUGGAACUUUAAUGGAGAACAACUUCCAAACAACACUAAGACGAUGAAUAACAGCUUGAUAAUCAAGGACAUCAUUAACACACCGGCUAACGAAGGGACUUACACGUGCGUGGCUACAAGUAGAGCUGGUGUUGCUAAAUCUAGUGCAAACCUUACAGUCUGGGUGUUGCCAAAAAUAGUCUCACCGCUGAAAAAUAUCACUCUGAUGGUGGGCUCAACAUUGAAUAUGACAUGCGCAGUCAGUGGCGAGCCGUUACCUGAUGUGACAUGGACAAAAGAUAACAUCACUAACGUGACAGAAGUAGAGUACUCAGAGAGAAAAACAAGGCUAGUUAUCAGAAACGUGAAAGUGCGUGACGAGGGUGUUUAUAUGUGUAACGCAAGUAGUAAAGCUGGAUGGACUGCGUCACGUGCCGUUGUUACCAUAAGAGCUGUCGAAGAAGUAUUCUUAUCCCAGCCUUACACCAGAUCCUACACCAAGAACCAAACGAACAUAACAGCUGAGUGUUACGGUAGAGGAUACCCAAAACCCAGCAUAUCAUGGAUACGAGACAACCACACGAUCCCUAGAGUAGAGUACCUGACAUCCAAUGACACGACGCGUGUGGUUCAACGGAUACAGGAUGGAAUAACAGAACCAUUGGAUAAUGUUACCAGUCGAUUGUAUCUAAGAACUGCGGGUAUAAUGUAUAGGGAUGCGGGGAACUACACGUGUCGAGUCAGUAAUGGGGUUGGCACGAUACCAGCUGAAAAAACCUUGGAAAUACUGUUUGUUCCUGAGUUCACAAUUUUGCCGCAAGAUCAAAUGGUACUAGUUGGAUCGCACGUGCUGUUCACGUGUGCAGCCUCUGGUGUUCCUCUUCCCCACAUAUCUUGGUUAUUCAACGAUAAACCAACCAACUAUAACGUUACCAAUGGCAACCUGUUUUUUACCGCUGUACACAACAAUCGCUCAUACGAAGGAAACUACACGUGCGUAGCGAGGAGCAGGGCCGGUGAAGAUAGGCGAACAGUCUCGUUAUAUGUCGAUGAGCUGCCAAAUGUUCGUAUAGAAGGCCCAUCCCAAGUAGAACUCGACACAAACCUGACUCUCACAUGCGUCGUCACCGGUGACCCAAUACCCUUUGUUUAUUGGACAAGAGAUGGGUCACGUGAUAUUCCAGAUGCCAUUUUUUCCAACAUGAAUAGAACCUUAUCAAUAGCUAGCGCGCAGCUACCUGUGGAAGGUGUUUAUCGGUGUGUCGCGUGGAACCGAGCGGGGAAUGAUUCUAUGGACUUCAAUGUUACUGCUCUGGCCUAUCCCAUGGUGCACGUCCCUCCGCCAUAUCUCCGUGCAUAUCGUCUAGAUCAAUCAAACAUCAGUAUCGAAUGCAAAGGAAGUGGAUAUCCCACACCAACUGUGCUGUGGAAAAAAGGCGAUGACGUCAUCCCGUUGGUUGAAUUCUUGUCGGUAAAUGAUACUGACSGCGUAGUACAAGUAUCCGAGGGUAAUAUCAGUAAUCCUCUUCAUAAUGUCACGAGUGUUUUGUAUCUGAGAACACGAGGAAUACUGUACAGUGAUGCAGGGAACUACACAUGUGAGGUGACUCAUUCUGCUAGUCCUAACCCUGCGCACCAGACGCUCGAGGUUUUGUUUGAACCUGAGUUCAUUUUCACUUCAACCGACAAAAUCGUGUUGACCGGAAGUAACGUCACGUUUUCGUGCUUUGCAUCUGGAGUACCCGAGCCUUCUAUUGGUUGGAUGUUUAACAAUGGUAACGUGUCAGUACCUCAUUGGACAACAGACACUAACAUCACCGUGAUAGAUGUUAAGAACAGUGAUCUGUAUGAAGGGAACUACACGUGUAUGGCGACCAGUAGAGCUGGGACGGACAGACACACGGUUUGGCUGGAAGUAGACGUUCCAUCGAUUGUCCGUAGCAUCACCGGUAACACCAGCAUCACAAUCAACACGGCUAUCAAUCUGACAUGCGCAGUAGAUGGUGACCCAUAUCCCAAUGUCUUCUGGGUAAAGGACGGAUCUCGAAACAUCUCCGGGGCUGUCUAUCACCAUGACAACCGAAGCCUAUUGAUAAGGCAUGCGCAGAUCAAAGACGAGGGCGAGUACCAAUGUUUGGCAGAGAAUAGAGCUGGAAAAGACAAUAAAACAGUCGAUAUUUGUGUAUUGGCUUCUACAAGUAUUUAUACUUCUCACUCGUCACCAAAAGUCUUCAAUAGAGGAGCUGACAAUCAAUUUAUUGAUUGCUAUGGUAACGGCUAUCCAAAGCCCUCAAUCUUCUGGCUUCAUUCCAACGCGAUCGUUCCCUUGGUAGUCGAAUUGACUAAUGAAGACACAAAGCGUGUUGUCCAGAUGGUCAAGAAUGAUAUCUUACUUCCUCUGCAGAAUGUAACAAGUCGGUUGUAUCUGCGAACAUCUGGACUGACUUAUGCACAGGCUGGGAACUACUCGUGCCAAGUCUCCAAUAAAGUUUCCACUUCUCUUAGGACAGUGGAGGUUUUGUUUUUCCCGAUCAUCGAUGUGAUGCCAUCAGAUCAAAUAGUCCUCGAAGGAGCGAAUGUCACAUUUACCUGUAAAGCAUCAGGCGUUCCUCACCCAACUGUCACGUGGUUGUUUAACGGACAAACUAUCCCAUGGAACCACACGAUCUCCAAUGAGUCUUUGGUGCUGUGGAAUGUUAGAAAUAAAGUUCAUGAAGGGAACUACACGUGUCUGGCGACAAGCAGAGCUGGACAGACAAGCUACACGGCACAACUUGCUGUAGACGUUCCUCCUCGAAUACUCGAAGUUCAUGGCAACAGAACAUACCUGAUCAAUACGAAGAUUCUCCUAACAUGUAACGUGACUGGUGACCCAGUCCCUUCCAUCUCGUGGACAAGGCCUGGUGCUAAGCCUAUCAGUUUCAACAAAACGCUUGUUAUUGACAAGGCUGGAUUGGAUGAUGAGGGUGAAUACCAGUGUGUGGCAGUCAGCAGAGCUGGCAACACGUCCUACAAAGUCUUCAUAACAAUUCAAGCUCUUGUUAGUUUGUACGUCCCUCGACCAAUCAGAAGAUCUUAUCUCCAAGGAGACCAGAAUGUCACUAUCGACUGCCAUGCGAAUGGCUACCCUAAACCAUCAAUAAGCUGGUGGUACAAUGGCCGUCCUGUUCUUACGGUUGAUGAAGUAUAUCCUACUCAUACGUCACAGGUUGUUCAAGUCACGUGGGAAAAAAUCUCAGAAAAGCUGCAGAAUGUCACGAGUCGGUUGUUUAUUCGCGUUGAUGGGAUCUCGUUCAUCGAUGCUGGGAACUACACUUGUAACGCUAGUAAUGGCGUGGGGGAUGAUCCUCGGCUGCAGUCCGUGGAGAUCUUGUUUCGCCCUGAAAUCCACCAACCUCCUCAAAGCAAAACCGUCCUCGCAGACACAAAUGUUACCUUCUUCUGUAACGCAACUGGUGUUCCACAACCAACACUCACCUGGACCUUCAGUAAAGGCAGAGUUCGUUCCACAGAUGUAACAGCAAACAGCCUGCUUCUUCCUUAUGUACAGAAUACUGACUCGUACGAAGGGGUUUACACGUGUAAUGCUAGUAAUAUUGUUGGAACGGCAAGUACUUCAGCGAGGCUGACCAUACAUACAAUGCCCAAAAUAACCAUCCAUCUCCCAGGAUCUAUGAUCAUAGAACGAGGAACAACAGCUAACCUUACCUGUGAAUCACGUGGUGAUCCAGAACCUAAAUAUCGUUGGUACAAAUCAGAUCGACUUGUAAAUGAAAAUAAGACCCUGUUGCUAAGCAACGUGACCGUUAAGGAUGAGGGGAGGUAUACAUGUGAGGUGUAUAACAUUGAGGGGAAUGAUACUACGUCAACGAACAUCACUGUACACGCCGUUCCAGUAUUGUUGCAAGCACUCCCUUUGGUCAGCGGCAUCAUCUUGAAUAAAACACUUCAACUAUCAUGUAGAGCCGAGUCUAUUCCUCCACCAAAUGUGACCUGGUUAUUAAACGGAAGUCUGGUGACCAAUGACAGCCGAAGUYACUUUUUCAUACAAACAUCCGGGAUAUUCGUAAAGACCUCGACUCUGACGAUCACCCGCGUGCAAUAUGAAGACAGAGGGACGUUUCAGUGUGUGUUUAGUAACUAUAGGGGCAUUGUCAAUAGUACUACUUCACUGGAGGUGUACGUCCCACCGAGAAUCGUAACUCCACUGACAAACAGGACGUACCCCAAAGGAAGCAUGCUAACCAUGACUUGCCAAGUCACCGGCGAUCCCUAUCCCAGUGUUUAUUGGUUCAAAUCAGGAUCACGUGACAUCCCACGUGCGCAGUUAUCCAAUAGAAACACGACGUUGGUAAUCAAUGAUUUGAGGUUUGGUGAUCGUGGAGAAUAUCGAUGUAUGGCUGUGAACAAGGGAGGGAAUGACUCGUCCACCGCCACAAUUAUCAUCACAGUACCAACGUCAGUGGAGAUCGCAAGGCCAUUCACUAGAGUCUACAGUCGUGGCAUGGCCAACAUUAAUAUCACUUGCUAUGCUAUCGGCUUCCCUAAACCAACCUUGGAGUGGCGCAGAUAUGGAGCACGUAUUCCUGUAGUCUCUAAUCUCACGGAGGGCAACAAGCAUGUAAUGGUUCAAAUCAUUAAAGAUGAUGUCAGUGGGGUGGAUAAUCUAAUGAAGAUGUACAGCGUGCUUUACUUGAGACCAGCAGGGAUAACCUAUGAUGAGGCAGGGAACUAUACAUGUGUGGCUAAUCGAUCUAUUGAUGGAAUGUCUGCGCAGAAGACGAUAGAAGUUUUGUUCGUACCAGAAUUCGACGUCACGCCACGAACGCAGAUAGUCACGGUGGGAAGUAACGUAACGUUUUCCUGUAACGCUUCUGGCAUCCCGUCGCCUACCAUCUCUUGGUUCUUCAAUGGUAAACCAAUUAUCGCUCCUAGUAUUCCUAGCGUGCGUCGAGACAUUUUAAGAGUUUUCUUAGUGCAGAACACUGAUGCGUAUGAAGGGCAGUAUACGUGUAGUGCUACAAGCAGAGCAGGGACUUCAAACUACACGGCUUCUUUGGCCAUAGACGUUGCGCCUGUUGUCAUAGACUUGAUUGGUAACACCACAGUGUUUUCUGGGUCAAAGAUCAAUCUGACGUGUGUUGUACAAGGAGAUCCAGUACCGCGCGUCCUGUGGAUGAAGGACGGAUCGAUGAUCCCGCCACGUGCUAAUGUUUCUAAAGAUACAUACAGUUUGAUAAUUGAAAAGGUAGUGUUUGAAGACAGAGGACUCUACCAGUGUGUUGCAGUUAACAGAGCGGGAAAUGAUAGCCGUCAAGUGCGCAUGACCGUAUUGGUUCCACCCAUGGUUCACGUACAGCCUCCUCUUCCCCGAGUCUUCAAGCAGAACCAACCAAACAUCUACAUCGAUUGCUAUGGCAACGGUUACCCACAACCCUAUGUUUCCUGGUCCAUCAAUAACACCAUCAUUUCAAUAAUACCAUAUAUGACGUCAGACUACUUCACCAGCACAGUGCAGAUAAUGAACCAGAACAUCUCACACCCUAUGGAUAACGUUACAAGUCGGUUGUAUCUGAGAAAGGAGGGACUCACUCUCAAGGAGGCUGGAAACUAUUCUUGUUCUGCAGUGAGUGGGAUUGGUUCGAUAUCUGUGAGGACAGUCGAAGUACUGUUCUUUCCUGAGUUUGAAGUCACUCCCGUCAACAAAAUCGUCCUGGAAGGAAGCACUGUACUUUUUAAGUGUGAAAUGUCAGGCGUUCCUAGUCCAAGUGUCAUGUGGUAUUUCAGUGGAGGGAGUCUCCCCAGUCCCCACACUACCCAAGGAAGCAACCUCUUGAUUCCAGAUGUAAAGAAUACCCAAUCAUAUGAAGGGAAUUACACGUGUGUUGGUCAGAGUAGAGCUGGAAGAUCAAACCACACAGCUCAACUGGUGGUUCAUGUAUCACCAGUAAUGAUUGUCUCUCUAAACGACACACUCGUGGUCGAGCGAGGAAAACAAGUCACGCUUAUUUGCAAAGCCGCUGGUGAUCCUGAGCCCGCAUACCUAUGGACCAAAGAUGGCGUAACACUGACAGGCAACAAUCACGUGCGUUUCCAUAACAACAACCAAAUACUGGUUCUUACUAAUGCAGCAACUAAAGAUAAUGGUGUUUAUACGUGCUUGGCAUAUAACGUAGAAGGAAAUGUGUCUACCAGUACGAAUCUAACUGUACAUGCUACGGUAUCCAUGAUACAAGGCCUUCAAUCGCGAACAGAAAUCCUAGAGAAAAAAACCUUGUCGUUAACAUGCAAAGCAGAUGCUAUUCCCUUACCGAGCGUGACCUGGUACCGAAACAGCCAAGAAAUCCAAGAUGGCGCCGAUAGAGGAUGGAAAAUCCGUUCAAACAGGUUUGAUUCGACGUUAACCUCGACGAUAUCGCUGCAGAACGUCAGCUACAGUGACAGAGGCGACUUCACUUGUGCUUUCUCUAAUUAUCGAGGACACGCUAGGAGUACAGGACGUGUGGUUGUACAAGUCCCACCAGUGAUUCUUCAACCACCAACUUCUAUCUCAAGACUUUUGAACAAAAACGUCACAUUCAGCUGUUCUGUGCGUGGAUUCCCCGAGCCUACUAUCACGUGGUCAAAAAAUGGCGUAUCUUUGAGCCAAUCAGAUCGUAUCAGUAUUACCAUCAUAAGAAAAAAUGCGUCGAUUGAGUUGACUAGCUAUUUAAAAAUCUUUAAUUCUCUAAGGCAAGACACUGGUGUCUAUAUCUGUAACGCAAGUAAUAUUGUCGGUGCUGCUACAAGGCCUGCUACUCUCACAAUUCUCGAAAAACCAGAUCACCCAGUCCUGUUAGUUGCUUCACUUACAGCUACAACAGCCUUGUUACAGUGGAAUAUCACGUUUGAUGGCAACUCACCGAUCAGAUAUUACACAAUAUCCUACAAUAGUAGCAAGGGCGCAUGGUCUAUUAAUAUUACCGCUGACCAAUCUAGGGAAUACACGUUUAAAGGACUGUUACCAGCCACCCAGUACACAUUCCGCGUCACCGCUACUAAUGACAUUGGUACUAGUACUGAAAUAGAGAGCAUGGGGACCACGCUUGAAUCAGUGCCAUGGCAACCAAGGAACGUCUACGCCCAGUCUCUUUCGUCCACGUCUGUGUUUGUCAACUGGACCAUUCCCGCCAGGACUAAUGGCAUCCUCACUCGUUACGUGGUAUUCGUACGAGCUGUCAAUCAAACUAUUGAGAAGGAAACCAAUAUCACUGUUGAACCAUCGUUAACUAAUACGACCAUUGACCGUUUGAUGCCAUAUACCUACUAUGAGGGGGAGGUACAGGCUUAUACCAAGAUUGGUGGCGGUAAUAGAAGUCGGUCUUUUGACGCAGUACUCACCUUUGAAGAUGUCCCUAACGCACCAAGAAGACUUCGAGCAACGCAAUCCACCUCUACUUCCAUCACAUUGUUAUGGACAAGGCCAGUCAAUGUGAACGGAAUUCUCAGAGCUUAUCGCAYAAACCUUCGUGAACAUUUGAAUAACAAUACCAUGACAUUAAAUGUCACGCAAGACAUCAACGAAGAUACCGUGACAUACACCGUCACAGAAUUGCGUCCUUAUACCGUUUACGAUAUAUCAGUUUACGCCGUGACGAUUAAUACCGGCAAUGGCAGUAACACCAUCGUCUACUCCACUGAUGAAGAUAAGCCUGGAGAACCACGUGACAUCAAGGCCAAAUUCAACGGAGAGGUCUACGAAGUGACGUGGCAUCCACCGCUGGAACCAAAUGGCGUCAUUAUCGAGUACAAGGUUUUAUUUCAACUUGAUCGAACAGUAUCCGUGGAAAGUGACGCCCAAGAUAAAGAAUUCAUCGUAGAGGGAGGAAAGACAAAUCUUAAGGUUAAAUUAACAGAUCUGAAUGGUGAUAAGACAUAUAAUAUAAGAGUUCAAGCCAGAACGAGUAAAGGAUAUGGAAGGAUUAGCACCAGUUAUUCCACUAUCAAGACCAACAUCACCAAUCCUCCAGAACCCGAAACUCCUUCCCAGACCCCUGACGUCACCAUAUCUACUGCCGUCAUUCACAUACCAAAGUUCUCGGACAUCAACGGAAAAAUCAGGUUUUACGAUGUGAUCAAUGUCGUAAUACCCCAAGGAACACAAGACCAGCUAAAAGAUCCGGCGUCUUACAAAGAAGAGGACCUAGUAUCGUACUGUGUGGCACACCAGUCAAAGACCCCUGCUGCUUAUCUUGCGAUUAGAUUUGAUGCUUCGGAGUAUGAAAAGUACAAAGUGUUUGUCCUGGGUGAAGAACAGGGUACAAAGUGUAGUGUGCGGGUAGCACGUGCUAGUGACACGCCCACUUACUAUAAUGGACCACUGAUGCCUAAUACCAAGUAUAAGAGCUUUAGUAGGGGCUACAGCAGUGAGAAAACAUUCACACAGAGUGGUUACUUUGGAUUUACUACGCAACAAAAACCCUCUGGAUCAGGAUCAGGAGGUGAUGGUGGGGGCGGGACAGGAGCAGCUAUUGGUGUAGUGGUUGUGAUAGUACUGGUAGUUGUUAUCGUUGGUGCCCUGUACUUCUAUCGAAGGAAAAGGAGAAAUGCUCCUCCUGUAGAAGAAGAAAGAGAGCUGAAUGAACUUGGAACUGAAUCGGAAGAUCGUCUCUACGAUAACGUGGUCGCAGACGCUCCCCAGCAGCGCUUACCAAUCCCCGUAGAGGAGCUAAAGACCUACUACCUUCGCAUGCACGCCGACUCAGACCAACUUUUCGAUGAGGAAUACAAGUUAAUCCAAAAUCCAUUGGGAGUGACGACAACCAAGUGUGACCUGCCGAUAAACAAACCAAAGAACAGAUACGGGAAUAUCAAAGCAUAUGACCAUUCAAGGGUCGUUUUAUCGACAAUUGACGAUGAACCAGGAGCAGACUACAUCAACGCUAACUACCUUGAUGGCUACAUCGAAAAGAAUCAGUAUAUAGCGACCAUUGGCCCCAAGGAGUCAACUUGUAGCGACUUUUGGCGAAUGGUCUGGGAACAAAAGUCAUCCAUAAUAGUCAUGCUUACCAAACCUGAAGAAAAUGGCAAGGUAAAAUGUCAUCAGUAUUGGCCUGACGAGAGCUCAACAUAUGGUAGGAUAACAGUUAAGCUUGAAGAAAAAGAAGAAUUGGCAGAUUUUGAAAUCAGGACUUUUAGCCUGCAAAUGCUAUCUCAGCCUCAAAUUAAACCACGAAAAGUCGUUCACUUUUUCUUCACUUCCUGGCCUGACCACGACGUYCCUGAUUACGCAACAGGCUUGUUGGAAUUCUGGAAAAGAGUGAAGAAGUACCAAAAUGUCUGUCACGAAAAAGGUCCAAUGAUUGUACACUGCAGUGCUGGUGUCGGACGAACAGGAACGUUUGUCGUCAUAGACGCCAUGAUGGAACAAAUCCAAGCCAAGGGCGAACUGGACGUGUUCUCUUACGUCACAAAGCUACGUUCACAAAGAAAUUUUAUGGUCCAGAGACUGUCGCAGUACGCCUUCAUCCACUAUGCUCUACUUGAAGCCGUCACAUUUGGUCACACGGAAAUCGAAGUUCAAGACCUCAGAACAAAACUGGGCAAGCUUGAACAACGUACACAACAAGGAGAUGUCACUGGUAUGGAGAAGCAGUUUGAGUUGUUGAAUGGUGUGGUACCAGAUGAUACGUACGACUUUGUUACCGCUGUACAGCCACACAACGCCAAGAAGAACCGUUUUUCUAAUGUUCUUCCAUUCGACAGAACUAGAGUGAUUCUUUCUGCUGUUUCUGAUAAAGAAGAUUCAACGUACAUCAAUGCCAGUUACCUCGAAGGUUAUCAAGAAAAGAUUGGUUAUAUUGCUACCCAGGCCCCUCUGGUUGAUACUGUGGUAGACUUUUGGAGGAUGGUUUGGGAAACAGAGGUCUACUCCAUAGUGAUGCUCUGUACAUUGGAAGAACCAACUAAGUAAUGGCAUCGGACGGACAGGUGCGUUUUGUACACUGUUUACUUCAUUGGAGAGAGUCAAGCUGGAAGGAAGUCUAGACGUGUUCAUAACAGCAAGAAUGUUAAGAACACAGAGACCUGGCAUGGUAGAGACGCUGGGCCAAUACAAAAUGUGUUACCAUGCAAUCUUGGCUUACCUCGACUCGUUUGAGGAAUCACAGUACCAAAACUUCAUGUAAGCAAUUUUCAUUUUUACGUAAAUUAGGGACAAUUAGAGAUACAAAUGCAAAUGAACUGCCUCUUUAGCCUCGAUCUGGACGACACCAAAACGAGGCUACAAUAGCAAAUUUAGUAGAGAUUAUUCGUUGCACACGACAUGGUUAUAUAAGGCUCAGGUUAAACGUCGAACUUCACGUGAGCCGAACCUAAACAAUGAUAUGUCAUUAGGUUCGGCUCAUGAGUUCGACAUUUCACAGGAGCCUUACUACAUAUAUUUACAUUUUAAGGCUUGGCAAUGCUGAGCGUCUGUUCUUUACGACGAGCCCUUUCAUAUUCCAUAGCAGAAGGCUCGAAUAAUAUUCAAUAGAUUUAGUUAAUAUUUUUAUAACACUAACGCCAAACGCAUCCAGAACCAAGCUUCAAGUAAAAAAAAAUUAAUUUUAUUAACAAUUUUUUAAAUGCUAUUUUAAGAAUAUAUAUUGUUAUAUUAUACAGGUAUUUAUAAUUGAGGGAUGGUUAACUUUUUGAAAUAAUAUGUUAUAUACACUGCCGAAUCAGUCUGAAAACAUUUGGUAGAGGCACGUGUGGGUGACACUGGUGAAAAACGCACUGCGCACGCUCGGAGAUGGCGUAGCGUAACUAAGGGCAACUUAUGUUUUUGAUGCCGGUGUUUUGAUUGUUUUACAAAAUCACAAAACUUAAGAAAAAUGCUGAAAACUUAAGGUUGUCCUUUUCGCAAUAGCAAGAUAAUUUCGAUAGUGAUACACUGCUGAUUUAUACAAAAAAACUUUUGUUUAUACAAAGCAAAAAUAAUCUUUGAAAAUGCCGCCACUCGCGGCCCGACGUCGACAUUCAGCAUGGCUAAUUAGCAGAUAAUCACAUGGUCGGAUUCUAUGUAAAGAAAUUCAAAAAUAUCUGUAAAAUUCCAAAACGAAUAUUUAAAAAAUAGCCCUGUCGGUUAAAAUAAAACCUACCUUUAGAUGUGAUCAAUUGUUAUUGUCCGCCAUUUUGUUUUUCUCCCAACGCAUGCGCAGUGCGUUUUUCAUCAGUGUCCGCGUGGGUAUCAAACCCUAGCGAUUCCUUCCGAGUGCCACACGAAGACCUAACGAAACUCUAACGAUAACCUAACGAAGACCUUACGAAACUCUAACGAUAACCUAACGAAGACCUUACGAAACUCUAACGAUAACCUAACGAAGACCUUACGAAACUCUAACGAAAUCCUAAUAAGACCUAAUCCUGCUAUCUAAAAUAUAUCAAGAAAUAAAUCAGAACAUUUGUAAAUUACAAUUGACUAAAGUUUUGGGCGACUUUAAUAUAAAUUAAGUCGAAUCUUUUUUUAAAAAACAUGAUGCAUAAAUUAUUCGAGAGUGGCGAAUUUUCAGGAAUUUUUCAUUUGACCAAAGAUCACGUGAUAUUGACGUCAUUCAUGCGCAAACAGUUCUUUCAUAUGAUUAGUUUCUCAAGCAAUGUUAGUUGAUCUUUGUCACCAAAUAAAAGCUAUCUCUUCAAAUAAAAAUGGUUUUAAUUUUUC